AUGUUGCAUAGAGUUGAGAAAGGAACCAGUGAAUACGUGAAUGUCGCGAGGAGUUUUAUCAAUGGGAUGAGAAAUUUCGAGAACCAUGUUGACGUCGUUGCGAUUCACCGGAAGAAUUAUAAAUGGAGUGUGAUGGAUGAGGCUCGCGUGGAGGCAUUUAGGCGUUUUGCGACGGCGGUUGCCAAUAGAAACGACGGAGAUCCGAACAUCAGAUUUGGUUGGUAUGGCCGUUUUCGUGAAGAGAUUCGUGACAUUUUGUGUUAUGGAUUUCGUCGAUUGGAAAAUAAUUCGCCAUCUUAUUGCCACGGUGUUUACUUCUCUCCGGUGAAUAAUUCAAAUGCGAGGGAGCUGAUGGCGAUUCACUGUGACACUGGUGAAGAACAAGGCGCAUCAUCGGAUAAAGAUCCAAAGUUCAGCAAGGUUGAUUCUGAAUAUGAUUAA